ACAUUUAGAGAUAUUCACAAACGUCUCAUGGCUGCAACUGAUAAACGUGUGGGUGUGUUAGACGAGUUACUUACAAUUAUUCGCACCGUCAAAAUUUAUGCGAUGGAAGAUGAUUUUCGUAACAAAGUUGUUGUCGCUCGUGAUAAUGAGUUAAAUGAACUCAACAAUUAUAUGUUUACGAGAAUGUAUAUACGAAUACUGUGGGAAAUAAGCACAUUUUUGAUGAUGUUAUUCUCAUUCUUUUUGUACACCAAAAUCUUGGGAAACGAAUUGACUUCCAGUAUCGAUUUUACUGCUAUUAUUUUGUUUAAAAAUCUUCUUCAUAUCCUUAAUGAAGCACCAUCAAUCAUUAUUAGUAUUACCCAAGCUUUAGUUUCAAUAUCUCGAAUCGAAGAAUUUUUAAAAGAAUCCGAAAUUGACAGCAAAAUUACUGAAAAUAACAGUGUCAUUUUGGAUAACAAUAAUUGUAUUGGGUUUGAUAAUGCCACUAUACAAUGGACAAAUAAUAAGGGUCCAAAUAAAUUCGCAUUGAAUAAUUUGAAUAUCCGUUUUCUUCCCGGAAAGUUAUCAAUUAUCUUUGGUCCUUCUGGAUGUGGAAAAAGUUGUUUGUUGAAGGCGCUAUUGGCGUUAGAUGUCAAGUGUUCUGAGGGCCAUGUAUUCUCACCAAAGAAGGGUAGAAUUGCAUACGUGGCCCAAACAG